AUGGCCCUAAACCGAAAUAUAAUCCACCGUAUCCAUGACAUUGCCAUGUACGACAUUGCCAUGUACGACAUUGCCAUGUACGACAUUGCCAUGUACGACAUUGCCAUGUACGACAUUGCCAUGUACGACAUUGCCAUGUACGACAUUGCCAUUCCGGAAAUUCCAGACUACUCCAUCCUGUACCGGACCGGGGACUACGGGCGGGUCGUGGACGACCGGGUCGUCUUCGAGGGGCGGACCGACUCCCAGGUGAAGGUGAGAGGCCACCGGGUCGACCUGUCCGAGAUCGAGGCCGCCCUCUCCAAGGUCCCCGCCGUGGCCAAGGCCACCGUGCUCUGCUACCAUCCGGGGGGACUCGAUCAGGAAAUCGUCGCCUUCUACGUGGGCGCCGCCGCCCCGGAGGCGGUCCGGGACCAGCUGACGGCGUUCCUGGUCCACUACAUGAUGCCGUCGGUCCUGCGGAUGGAGGGGAUCCCGCUCCUGCCCAACGGGAAGAUCGACCGGCAGGCGCUGCUUCGGACGUUUCAGGCGCAGCAUUUGUGUUCCGAGGUGACUGUGUCCGAGGACCUGAUCGAGAGGCUUCCGGAGGAGAAGAGGGAGGCCGCGACCUCCCUCUUCCGGAUCAUGGCCGAGGUCCUCGGCUCCCGCGUGACCCGGGAACUCCUGAGCCUCAAGUCCAACUUCUUCGACAUCGGGGGGAACUCGCUCAACGCCGUCCUCGCCUCCGCCCGCCUCACCGACCUCGGAUUCCCCAUCAGUAUUGGAGAGUUCUUGAAGGCUUCUGAUCUUGAAGAAGUCUUGGAAGGCAUUUGCUCGAGGCAUGCCAGGGAGAGUGCCUGUCGAGGGUCGCCUUAUCUCAUUGAGCCUCUGACGGAUGAGGACAGAGAGGAAUGCAUCCGGAUGAUGUCCCGGGCCUUUGUCACGAAGGGGGACCUGGAACAGUUGGUCGAUUGCACCGAGGCCGACUUCCACGCCUUGUUGAAUGCGAUGUGGCCCGUCUAUCUGGAACACGACCUCAGGUGGGCGAGGUUGUGGGACCUCCUCGUGUAA